AGAGGAGAAAACACUUGAGGAGUGUUAUGUGCAGCCAAUCGUCUGUACAACUCCGCAAGACUACAACAAGGCUGAGAGUGGGAGGGAGGACUCGGGAAGCAAAACAUGGCGAAAUAACAAGUUUGUCUUAUAGCCGCUGUUUGAAGCUGCACCGUGUCUGUAGUGUUGGACUACAACUACAAAGUCAUACAAUUUGGACGCUGGAGAAGGGAAGCAACGCGUAAGAGUCGAGGGCCCCAGUUUACAAGUAUUACGGUGGCUGUCGAGAAAAUAGUGCCUGCCUGUCUGUCUGUGCUUUCCCCGGAAGGUUGGCAGUGCUAGGCGCGACUAUCAACACAGAAAAUGGACGAAGAAGGAAAGUUUAUUCUGGAAAAGACUAUUUAGCCGACCAGUUUAGCUACAUUGGAUUAAUCGCACGCACCUGACUCGGUAUACGGAUGAACGUGCGCUCUGGUCGAAAUUGAGGAAUAUUUUAAGACGUUAACAAGUUUGACAACUGCACUCGCAAAUAAUCGUAUUUUCAAACGAGGCCAUUAUUUUCAUUUUCCGCACUUUUCUUAAUAUUCUUGGAGGACCUCUAUUGACAGUCGGUUCUGGUGCGGUGCGGACGGACCCGGACGCCAUCACAUCAGACGUUGCGUUCUCCUUAAAAACAACCAUUGCGUUGCUAAGCCGUAAAUGUUAUUUUUUACUUUAACAGCGUAACAAGGAAUGUUUCAGUGGCACACCAUACCUAUGUAGUAGUUUUCCUCUGCGACACGCAACAUUUUAUCACCGAUAAUAUUAGCUGAAUGUUGUGCAGCAGAGACGCGGCGUCUCGUUAAAAUGAACGCAGCAAGGUGUUCAACAACAGUGGAGGUGCAUCGCAUUGAAAACCUGCCAGUUGUUAGAACGGUACCGAUGGCCGGCUAACGGUGACGUUAACAGUUUGUUGAAAUCUCUUAAGUUGAAUGUGUUUUGAUCAGAUACUGUAAACGGCAUUCAGUAAAACAACUGCGAAUAACAUUAGAGCUCUCGGCCAGAGUUGACGUGAGCUAGUCAGCUGGGUGCGUCUGUGUGACAGCUCAAUCUGCGAUGUGUUUGCUAAUCUAAGUGCUAACGUUACCGUGCUUUUCCGCAACAGUUUCAGCAUAUUGGACAGCCCGUUUGCUAUAUUUAAUCUCUAGAGAAGUCCUUGCGAGAUCGCUUUAGCAGCCACUUAACAUUUUCCCCAAGUACCUCUUGUCAAAUAGCUGGCUAACUUGUUAGCUAAGGUUCUAAGUUUCGCCAGCUAUGUCUGAAAACGCCCCCACACGAAGCCUGGAUGACAUAGACCUCGCAGCUCUGAGGGAUCCAGCAGGAAUCUUUGAGCUGGUCGAGGUGGUCGGCAAUGGGACGUAUGGGCAGGUAUACAAGGGCCGUCAUGUGAAGACGGGCCAGCUGGCUGCCAUCAAGGUGAUGGAUGUUACAGAGGAGGAAGAAGAGGAGAUCAAAGCGGAAAUCAACAUGCUGAAGAAAUACAGCCACCACCGCAACAUAGCCACAUACUACGGUGCCUUUGUCAAGAAGAGUCCACCAGGACAUGAUGACCAGCUUUGGCUGGUGAUGGAGUUCUGUGGGGCGGGAUCGGUGACCGACCUGGUGAAAAACACUAAAGGCAGCUCUCUGAAGGAGGACUGGAUUGCUUACAUCUGCAGAGAGAUCCUAAGGGGCCUUUCUCACCUCCACGCCCAUAAAGUUAUCCACAGAGACAUCAAGGGCCAGAACGUGCUGCUAACGGAGAAUGCAGAGGUCAAACUUGUUGAUUUUGGUGUGAGUGCUCAGUUGGACAGGACUGUUGGCCGUAGGAACACCUUCAUCGGAACACCUUACUGGAUGGCACCUGAGGUUAUUGCCUGUGAUGAGAACCCUGACUCCACCUAUGACUACAGGAGUGAUAUCUGGUCCUUGGGGAUCACAGCCAUUGAGAUGGCAGAGGGAGCUCCUCCCUUGUGUGACAUGCACCCGAUGAGAGCCCUCUUCCUGAUUCCCAGGAAUCCCCCUCCAAAACUUAAAUCCAAAAAAUGGUCCAAGAAAUACAUUGACUUUAUAGAGGGCUGUCUCGUGAAGACAUAUACCAGCCGACCAUCCACAGAGCAGCUUCUCAAGCACUCCUUCAUCAGGGACCAGCCCACUGAGCGCCAGGUCCGAAUUCAGCUCAAAGACCAUAUUGACCGUACGCGCAAGAAAAGGGGAGAGAAAGAAGAAACAGAGUAUGAGUACAGUGGUAGUGAUGAAGAGGAUGAAAAUCGUGGAGAUGACCGAGAGUCGAGUUCAAUCCUCAAUGUGCCCGGUGAGUCCACCCUGAGGCGGGACUUCCAGCGUCUGCAGCAGGAGAACAAAGAGCGCUCGGAGGCUCACAAGAGGCAGCAGGCCCAACUGGCUGCUCAGCGUAGGGACCCUGAGGAACACAAGAGGCAACUGUUGCAUGACCGACAGAAACGCAUUGAAGAGCAGAAGGAACAGCGUCGCCGACUUGAAGAGCAACAGAGGAAAGAGCGAGAGAUGGUGAGGCAGCAAGAAAAAGGUCCCCAUCGGAGACUUGACGAUAUGAGACGGGAGGAAGAUAGAAGGUUGGCUGAGAGGGAGCAGGAGUUUAUCAGACAUAAGUUAGAAGAAGAGCAGCGGCAAUUAGAAAUCCUCCAGCAGCAGUUGCUUCAGGAGCAAGCACUGCUUAUGGAGUAUAAGCGCAAGCAGCUGGAGGAACAGCGUCAGUCAGAGCGACUGCAGAGGCAGCUGCAGCAGGAGCAUGCUUACCUGGUGUCUUUGCAACAACAGCAGCAAGAAAAGAAGCCCCAGCUCUACCACUAUAACAAAAACCUGGAGCCCAACAACAAACCUACCUGGGCCCGUGAGGUGGAGGAGCGAAGUAAGCUCAACAGACAGGGCUCACCCAAAAUCUGCACCACUGUCUCUGACACUGCCAUCCAGUUGCGCUCUGACUCAAUCAGCCAAUCAGGAGGGGCCCAGUCUGCUCAGACCCCACCAAUGCAGAGGCCUGUCGAACCCCAAGGGGGGCAGGGAAAGUUCCAGAUGGCUCACUUGGUUCCAUUGAAGCCUUAUGCUGCCCCUGUCCCUCGUUCCCAGUCCCUCUGUGACCAGCCCACUAAGACCAUGUCUGCAUUCCCCACCCAGGAUCCCUCCCUUACCCCCACGCCCCGCCCCAUCCACUCUAGAGAGCUGGUGCGUCAAAACUCUGACCCCACUUCUGAAACCCCGGCACCACUGGCACACCAAAUCGGAGAGGAUCGCGGCCCCUGGAUCCGCCUGCCAGAUGUGGAACUCCCACCCAAGAUUCCCCAGAGGACAGCAUCUAUUGCCACAGCUCUCAACACCAACCUGAACUCUGGCAUAAGGCAUCCAGUACGGGCCAGCAAUCCAGAUCUCAGUCGCAAUGAUCGCUGGGAGAGAGGAGACUGUAUGAGCAUCAUAUCCAAUCUGCCCCAGACUGGCUCUCUAGAGAGGCAUCGCAUCCUCAGUUCCUCCAAAAUGGAUUCACCCAUUCUCUCUCAUGACAGUCGUCAUAAGCCAGGGGAGUCUCGCACCUCCUCCCGCCCUGGGCGCCCUGCUAGUUACAAGAGAGCUAUAGGGGAGGACCAUGGCCUCUUUGCCAAGGAGCGUGCUGAGGAGCAGCCAAGGCCCCCAGUCAAGGCCAAUGAUUACUCCUCCUCUUCUGAGAGCAGCGAGAGUAGCGAGGAGAGUGAGAGUGGCGAAGGAGCAGAGGAGGAAGAAAGCCCCACAGAUCGUCACAGGGACGCAGACACUGAUUCAGUCAACACCAUGGUGGUUCAUGAAGACGAAGGCGAGGGGGGAGAGGGAGAGCAAGCUGGGGGCUAUGGCGAUCAGACCAUGCUGGUGCAGAGGACCCCAGAGAAGCGGAGCCAUAAUGGAUACACUAACUUGCCAGAUGUGGUGCAGCCCUCCCACUCCCCCACUGAUUCAGCCACUCACUCCUCCCCUGGGAAGGACUCGGUUUAUGAUUAUCAGUCCAGAGGUUUGGUGAAAGCAUCUGGCAAAUCCUCCUUCACCACCUUUGUGGAUCUGGGCAUGUACCAGACACCAGGAGGUACAGGGGAUAACAUAUCUGUCAGUGGCUUGAGGUUUGAGCAGCUGAAGAUGGAGGUGAGGAAAGGAUCCAUGGUGAAUGUCAAUCCCACCAACACGCGCCCCCCCAAUGACACACCUGAGAUCCGCAAGUACAAGAAGAGGUUCAACUCUGAGAUCCUGUGUGCUGCGCUCUGGGGUGUUAACCUGUUGGUGGGCACAGAGAACGGUCUGAAGCUGCUGGACCGUAGUGGUCAGGGCAAGGUUUACCCCCUCAUCAACUCCCGCAGGUUCCAACAGAUGGACGUCCUGGAGGGCCUCAACCUGCUCAUCACCAUAUCAGGCAAGAAAAACAAGGUGCGUGUUUACUACCUGGCCUGGCUGAGGAACAAGAUCCUCCACAAUGACCCUGAGGUGGAGAAGAAGCAGGGCUGGACCACUGUGGGGGAGAUGGAGGGCUGCGUGCACUACAAAGUGGUGAAAUACGAGAGGAUAAAGUUUCUGGUGAUUGCUUUGAAGAAUGCGGUGGAAGUCUAUGCUUGGGCGCCCAAACCUUAUCACAAAUUCAUGGCCUUCAAGUCUUUUGCAGACCUGCCACACAGGCCUGUCCUGGUCGACCUGACUGUGGAGGAGGGGCAGAGGUUGAAGGUGAUCUACGGUUCUUGUGCUGGCUUCCAUGCCAUCGACGUGGACUCUGGAAACAACUAUGACAUUUAUAUCCCAGUUCAUAUCCAGAGCCAUGUGAUGCCGCACGCAAUUGUCUUCCUGCCCAGCUCAGACGGCAUGGAGAUGCUGCUGUGCUAUGAAGACGAGGGCGUCUAUGUGAACACCUACGGACGCAUCAUCAAGGACGUGGUCCUGCAGUGGGGCGAGAUGCCCACAUCUGUUGCUCAUAUCUGCUCAAACCAGAUCAUGGGAUGGGGAGAAAAGGCCAUUGAGAUCCGUUCUGUAGAGACUGGCCACCUGGAUGGUGUCUUCAUGCACAAAAGAGCUCAGAGGCUGAAGUUCCUUUGUGAGAGAAAUGACAAGGUGUUCUUUGCAUCAGUGCGGUCUGGAGGCAGCAGCCAGGUGUACUUCAUGACGUUGAACAGAAACUGCAUCAUGAAUUGGUGAAGGAACAGCUGCUCUGGUCAGCGUGUGGAACCCAGCAGGGUUCGGAGAAGCAAGUGCAUCCGAAAUUCUCUCAAACGCAUGCACACAAAUGCCAACACUUCCCUCCCUUUCUCUCCAGCUCGCUCUCACUCACUCACGCACCCAUGCUCCAAAGACACACACACACACACACACACACACACACUGUCAUAGACAAACACACACAUACACAACACAAUCUUUCAAUCCAUUCCAGCUUACAUGUACACUCCACAAUUUCUACAGAGGCUCCUAGAUAACAUUAUCUCUGGAAUCAAAUGUUAAUACCAUCUACAGUGUAUUGAUUUCUACUGUAAAUAUUCUUGUCUUGAUUUCCUUUAAUUGGUGGACCUGUGUUCAGUCGUAACUGAUUAGUUCCUAAUUCUAAAGUAUGUUUAAAAAAAACAUUCCUGUGUGGUUCUACAGUACGCUUUGAGGAAGGCAUUAUUCACCAAUACUGUAUGUUGAAAUGAAGCUGUAAAUAGGUAGCACCUUACACUUAGAUCUGAAUCAUUUGCAGGUCUCUAAUAUAGCCUCCAUUCGGUGUAUUGCCACCGGCACACAUGGACGUCAAAUAAUAAAAUGCUGGAACGCCCAUCUGCAGUGGCUUGUGAACCCCCAAUGUUUUGGGGCUCCCACAAUUUCAGCGAGGCUUAAAGGAAGGAUUUAGUACAAUAAAAUAUUACAAAGGGACAUUAAAGUCAGGAAAAAGUAGCUUGUUGAAGUAUCUUUAGUUUAUGUACAGUAGACAGUAACCUGAGGCCGGCUUUCACUAACUUUUUCCGGCCUGAAUGGCAAAUGAUGUUGCAACUCUUAAUCACAGCAAGUAAGCCUUGAAUGCUUCAAAAGCAAAAAUAGAUUUCAGUUUAAAAAUUAAUAAAUGAUUAAAAAAAUAAACAAUCCGAAGUCUCGUAAAUGUGCAGUACUCAGAAUCAGUAAUGUGAAAUCUCCUGCUUUGCCUUUUUCCUUCUUCUAUGGUUUAGGUGAAUUUAUUAUUUGAUUCAUCAGGCUUGUAUCUAAACUUCUCUGUUUUCAUAGAUUUACAAAAUACAAAAAACUGUUAUUUAUAUGUAGUGCUUCUGCAUUGGUAUUAGCCUACUGGUAUUCUUAAUUUUACUGUAAUUAUAUUGCCAUUAUAUUGCAAUAUAUGCUAUUCUGUGGAGUCCUUGUUUGAAGAGGGGGGUUUGUAUAUUUGGGUGGUAGUGUUAGGGAGUACAAUGACACCUUUGGAGAGAGAGAGAGAGAGAGAGAGAGAGAGAGAGGGGGGGGACGGGAUAUUUGUCACAUUGGAGAAACCUGAAAGGGGGGUGUCACUGAGAUUAUAGUGAUUAAAGGAGAUCAUUUUCGUGGUCCUUUCACCCUCCUACCACAGUGAUCUGCUCUGCUGUAUUAUAUUUCAGUUCUUAGGCUAUUUUAGUGUGGAUCUUUUUUGUGAGAAGUGUUUGUUCAGGGGAUUGCAGUAGAACAGCUCUUAGUGUGGUACGGUUCAUAAAUUGUCUUAGGCCAGUGGAAAGAUUUAAUGUAGGGCGACUCUGCAAUACCACAGAGGACUCCAUCUCAUCAGGCACUUUGGAGAGGACAGCUGAACCACAUGAGACUUAAUAUAUGACUUAAUAUAUUUUUAUCUGUACACUCUGCCAAAGUUCACAGCAUAUUCUGCAAGGGGGGUAUAAAUCAAGGCCAAAUGGAAUAUUGCUUACAUGGCGACUAUAAAGAUUUUACUCUUCCUACAGAACACUAACCAAUGUUCCUUUCUGUAUAUACAUUCAAAAAAAUCAGCCGACUUCACCAGCUGCUUGGCAUUUUCUAUAGAUCUUGACUAUAAUUUAACUGCCUGCUUUGUUGUGUGUGUGUGUGUGUGUGUGUGUGUGUGUGUGUGUGUGUGUGUGUGUGUGUGUGUGUGUGUGUGUGUGUGUGUGUGCUCGUAUACCAGGCAGUACGGUAGAAGUAUGAGACAGUGUUAUCAGGAAGUAGCUUGGUGAUUAUCAGUCAGCAAUGGGUAGGUCAAAACAUGAAUCAAGCUUUUUGUUUAGUGCUUCAGUGUUCCAACGCCAACAGGUGGAUAUUUUUAAAGUCAAGAUGGUUUUUUGUCACUCGGAUCAUGCAUCUUAUCUGCAUGGAGUUGUUCAAAAAGUUAGUUCAUGUGUUUAUAAAUAGAAGCUGACAUGUUCAUGUUAAACGAGCACAACUGUAUUUUUUUUGUGCAAAACGGUCACUAUAAAAAGCUUUUGGUUAUUAUGAAAGGAAUAUUGGCUAGUGAUCAGUGGGGUAGUCUGCUAGAAGUCGCUGAGAAGAUAUAUUUCAUACAGGCAAAAGGAAAGCUAUUAAGAAUGCAGUAUAUGUUUAGGGCAGAGAGUUUAAUCAAAGAGUAUAUGAAUAGAUCGUUAAUUUUAUAGUGAGACUAUAAAACAAACUGUAAAUGGACAUGGAAAGCACUUUCACUUCAGUAAACACACAUUUACAAAUAUAUCUUCAGCAGAUACUUGGUGUGCAUGUAAGCCAUUAAAAUAGAGUAUAUAGUACUGUUUCAAAGUUGUGUUCCCCUUUUUAUCCAAUGUGUUUUUAUUCUUGAAUAUCUGUCAUGUGCCAUGACUUACAUUUCAGAUGUCACAAUUACAAUCUAUUAGGAGCUCUGGCACUUAUGCUUUUUAUGGUCAAAUCAUAAUUUUUUAUCAAUCUGCCAUGUUUACAGUUAAAGCAGUGCCUUGGAUUUGGACAGUGAGAGAUUUAAGGAUCCCCCCCCCCCAAGCGCACACACACUUGUCUCUUGCUUGAAAUCUCAUGAAGAAAAGGCAUAACUAUAUUUUCUUUCUCAAUAUGGUGAUUUAUGUCCUGUGCCACUUAAAGCAACACUAGAGACCUUUUCCCGCUUCGGUCCCCCUACAGGUUGGAAGCGGAAUUGUCCAUUACAUUACAUUAUGCAAGUUUGCCAGAUCGGGUAGCGGAUCUGUAGUUCGAAUGAACUGGACAAUGUAAUGUAAUGGACAAUUCCGAAGCGGGAAAAGUUCUCUAGUGUUGCUUUAAGUCAAAUUCAGAAUAUCCUAUAGAUGGACUUUAAAUGCUUUUUUGGCACCGUGAAUAUUCCCUAAAAACGAUCGACAGACAAUCCAUUCAGAAAGAUGCAAUAACAAAUAAAUUAACACGUGUCCAAUUAAUCCAGUGUGACGUGUAAAGGAUCUCCUCACAGUGGGAGCCAGCAUAGUGAAAAGCCAUACGUAUAAAACGUGUUUGUAGAGUAAACUUAGUACCUGUGCACAGAUCAAAUUCUAACUCUUGUGUGCGAUGUCUGCUCAGAAAAUGUAAGUUCUUGCAGCAAAGAUUAGAAAAGCACUUGUUCUUGAAUGAUGUUGGUUGUGUAAUCUUGUAGUGGGGAAAGUAGCUUCAUAUAUUCUGAGAAGCCUAUUUUAUAAAACAUGUAAAUUGGUCUAUAUUGAGAAAUCAAAGUGAAUGUACAUCUAUAAUACAGAUUUGUAUUUAUAUGAAACUGUGUAUUGCUCUAUUAGUCAAAGCACAAUGUAUUUUAAGGCAGAGAGGUCAAAGCUAGCAUUGAGUGUUAACGGAGAGAUGGAGCUUGUUUUUCCCUAUUCACUCAGCAGUCGCCAAACUCCUCAGUAUGUAAUCAGUCUAAGUAGUUGGUUAUAGUGAAACAGCCGUGUGUGUGUAGACUGUCAAUUACUGCAGCAUUUCUGUUGAGUUAUGUUAUCUAGACAUGAAAUAAUGUCUUUCUUGUUACCAGAAGAGUCUGAUGUGGCUUUGAUUCAGACACUUGUGGUGACUCACAGAUGGGUGUUGGAUCUGGCCUCUGGUGUAAAUUGCCUAUGUGGGGUUGACAGGCUGUUAAUGUGCUCAGGCGAUGACGGCAAACAUCACACAGGUGGUGCAGUGGUGAUGUGACGGGCGUGAUGGCCCUUGCAUGAAGUUAUUGGCAGCUGGCUAUCAAAAAAGGCAGCAUUUAGUAAGGGGAAAGUGCAUCGAUCAAUUAAUAAUUGAGAAUUCCAGAAUACAGGCAAAAACAACUACUUAAUCAUCAUUUCUUGACAACUUAAGUUUUAUGCAUUUUUGUCACCAGGUAUGAAAGUCCAUAAAGGGGAACUCCACUGAUAUUCACAUCAAAGUCUGUUUACACAUCUUGGGGGUACUACUGCAUAUGUGGAAAAAGCCAUUUGUGAUUCCAAAAGGAGUUGCGUGAAUUGUGAUUAAUUGAUGUCACUUGAGUCCGUGUCAGUUGGGGCUGAAGACUACACGUUUGAAAAUGAAAACAAUCUGGGAGGUGUGGAGUAAGAAAGAAGUGAACUUACCAGAUCUCUGUAGCUGCUCCUCAUCUCUGCAUGAGGCUAGCAGCUCAAGGCUACAUUAGCCCCUACAAGCACAACACACCCGAAUCUCUGACCAAACUGUCGGCAGUCGCGUUGCAUUGUGGGUAAUGUAGCCAUCGGAUUUUAACAAGGAAAAAAAUAUGUUUGGAAUAAAGAUGUUAUGCAUCGAUUUUGAUACUUUUUUUGUUUUACUUUCCAUUGCGAGUCCGACCAUGUUAUAGAACUUCAAUGCUAAAUCGUUGGAGUACUCUUUGUGUUUCCCCAAAUACUAAAUACAGAGAGUGAUGAGCUGACAUUUCCUGUGCAUGACAUUUUGUUUGCAACAUCUCAGGUGUUGCCUGGUAACAUCAGUAAGUGCACUUACUAACAAAUGAAGUUUAAAAACAGACUGUGAUGUGUACAAUAGUUUGAGUUCUCCUUUUAAAACACAACUCCUGUUGCAUAAAAUACAAUUUACUUGGAAUACUUAACUGUGUUUCUACCUCAGCUAUGGUGCACAAGCUUAGUGAGGCACAUCAAACUACUUGCAGUUGCAGAUCAUGUCUAACUAAAAAUAAUGCAAAACACAAUACCAUCAUUUUUAUUUAAUCAUCUUUAUUGUCUGAUUUGUGCUGACUGUCUCUGGAUAGCAUUGCAAAUAAUAACAGACAUGUUUAUUUUAAGGAAGACCCUUAUUUUACCAAUAAAAGUUUUUCAAUAUGAGUUUAUCUUAAUAGAUGAAUAUCUACAUGUAGUUUUGGGUGAGGUAAUGCAGUACGUCGUCAACUAGAUUGAGGCAGUCACUUCCAAAUAUUAAGCCUAACUUAAUGCAACAGAAAAUCUUAUAAUGGGUUGUGGUUUGUAACACAGUAGUUCUGCUUGUUGAUUUCCCUAAAAGCACCUUAAGGUGUAAAAGUGCUAUUUUAUUUUGUACCAACAGCCAUUAAAAGAACCUCCCGGACUUCUCAGAGUCAGUGUCAGUCUGACCAUGAGCGUGAACAGAGUUGAUUGCUGAAUUCAUUUAAGCUCUGAACAAGUUUGGCAUCAGAAAGAAAGAGGCACCACUGAGUUGUAGGUGGAGCGCUGAAGGUGUAGAACAUCGUCUUGAGAGACUUCUCUCAGAUGACAUUUCUUUUUAAUAAGCAAUAUAAGCAUUUGAACAAAUAUAAACCGUGGCUGUCCAUCUGUGUGUGGCCUACAGAAAGAAAUUCUUCAGUGGCCUUUGGCAGACUGAAUGUAGGCUGGUUUGUGUGUUGCUUGUUACAGAAGUUGUUCUGUACUUUUACUUUUUUUUUGUAAUCACUUGAAAUAAUUGCUUCUCUCUCAGUUUAACACAAGCACCUGUUGGGAUGCUUGCUCUUAUUUUGCUAUAAUGAAAUCCCCGAAACUGCCUUUAUGAACUCUGAUAUCAAAAGAUAAUAUUCUGUUGAGGCACUCCUCUCUCAUAGCUUAUAUUUCUAAUCAAUAAUGUGUGAAUGGAUUAGCAGCUGUAGCUCGGAGUGAGGCAGAUCAAACUUGGGGAGCUCUAAAACAAUAUGGAGCUUUGGACAGAACUACAAUAUCUAUUAAUGUUUUUUAUGUUUUUUUUUUAAAGACGGUAAACAUCUUUGCAAUGUUUUAGUGUGUGUGCGCGCGUCUGUGUUACUGUGUCUGUGAGAGGUUAACUCCAGAUUGUAUUUCAUAGACUGAUAAAAUUUAAACUUUCAAAAGAUUGUGUUGAAUGAAUUCAUGUCUUAAUACAGCAUUGUUUGAAAAAUUAAAUACCUUAAUCUCA